AUGACCGUAUCACAGCAAAAGUUCUGCGACAUUGUUACUAUUCUAAUAAGACUUUGCGGUGCUCCAUUCCCCAUCUACCAACCCAAGAAAUACAUAAAUUAAAACCUAACUCUUCCCCCAAUCCAACCUCUCAACAAAUAAACGAAGACACAAAAACGCUGGACUUUCAUGUUUACGUCCUUUCGAAGAUCCAUCAAAUCUCUAUCUAAGGGUUUGAUGGAUCCAGGCCAGAUGCAGAGAGUUUCUAGGAGGUAUCGCAUGCCGCCGGAAUGGCAAAAGCACUCGCAAACGCUAACUGCGUGGCCGUCUCCCGCCUCGAUUAUCGAGGAGGAUGUCCUUCGACAGGCGCGGGCUGAAGUCUCGGCACUUUCCAAUGCCAUCUCCCGCUUCGAGCCAGUCACAAUGUUUACCCGCCCGGAACACGUUCGUGAAGCAUCUGAAACGGUGUCUGAUAACGUCACUGUGCGACCACUGGCUGUGAGCGAGCUUUGGAUCCGCGAUACAGGACCGGUCUUUGUUCAUGGAACGCAAAACGGCUGUUUUAAUGGACUGAAGCUUAAUUUCAAUUACUGGGGAGCCAAGAUACCAUCCACUGGUGAUGAAGCGGUUGCUGCGAAUAUCCAGAUCCCAGAAGCUUCAGUCAUAGACCAGAGGGAUGAAAAAGAUGAAUGUGCGUCUCAAGGAAAUGCCAUACCUAUUGUUGACGCCGGUUUCACUGGUGAAGGAGGCGCGAUUGAGGUUGAUGGAGAUGGAACCCUUCUGGCGACUGAGAGCUCCAUCGUCAAUGAGAACCGUAAUCCGGGCAGAUCGAAGGAAGAGCUGGAAGGAUUAUUCGAGAAAUACUUCGGCAUCCACAAAGUGAUCUGGCUUACUGGCGUCAAAGGCUAUGAUAUCACUGACUUUCACAUCGAUGCAUUCGCGAGAUUCAUCAAACCGGGCCAGGUUCUUCUGAGCAGACCUUCUGAACGUGCUGAUCCGCGGGUGAUCCAAGCCUACAGAGAAGCCAAGAAAAUUUUGGGGAACGCAACAGAUCAUGGAGGAAGACAAUUGGAAGUCUUUGAAGUUGAAGAGCCUCAUCCCAGUGACCUUCCCGGCGAGAACUGGGAUCAUUUUGAUGUUACUGUUGCUUCAUACGCCAACUACUACCUCCCCAACGGAGGACUGAUCAUGCCGCGUUUUGGAGUUGGAAAACUUGAUGAUGAUGCCUACGCCUUUUUCCGCCAACACUUCCCAGAUCGAGAGAUUGUUCAAGUUAAUUUGAACAUUCUUCCUAAGCUCGGCGGAGGAAUUCAUUGUGCUACCCAGCAAGUACCGGCGGAGGAUUGGAUGCAGAGAGGAAUACGAAGAAGGGAAGUGAAGUUCUAAUGUCGCAACUCAUGCACUUAGAGAGGCAUAGUACUUUGAUCACGGUUGUCCGAGAAGUGUCGAAUAGUAUUGGCCCUUCUUCAAUUAAUACUCCACUCAAUCACAUCACUUAAUCCAUUGCGAGGGACGCAAGCACGUUAAUGGAUUUCUAAUAGUAGAGUUGAAGGGAUAUUUCUCUUUCGCACGAAAGGCGUCGCUUAGUCGUUUAUUCAUACCGUCGCGUUAAUAAUACAGGAAUUCAUCUUCUAAUAUCGACGUCCAGGCUGUGUCAAGAUCUCAAUCUUUGUUGCUGCACCUUGUCACUAUGUGCAGGGCAUCUGAAUUGUUGUUGCUGCGCAUGGCGUAGACACCAGGCCCGUACCCAUUGUUGUUGUUGUUGCACCUGGAAUCAACAGACAGGGGGUGACAAUGUUUGUCUCUAUGGCAGGCAUGGACGUAGAGGUCUAACCCGUCCGCCCCCUCCAUCGUUUUCGCUGUGCCUGGCCUCGACAUCCAGCCCGUCUCCACUGUCGAUUCUGCUCCUAGCAUCGGCGCCCCCCCAUCCUUCUACCGCCGCCCAUCAUACCUCCACCCAUGCGUCGUCCGCCUCCCAUUCCUCCCAUCAUACCGCCGCCUCCCAUGCGGCCUCCUCCCAUGCCUCCGCCCAUGCGACCUCCGCCGUGGUGAUGGUGGUGAACUACCUUGACAGGGCGAGGACCCAUCAUUCCACCGCCGCCAGAGCUGUAGCGGGUUUGGCUUCUUCCGAAAGGGAGACACAUUGUGAUUGUAAUUGUGUGUAUGUGGUUUCAGUUGUAGCCUUUGUGUUGAUUGAGUUUGUUGCUGAUUUGGUGUGGAGAUAACUCGUCGUAGGUUCUACCGAGUUUGGAUGUGUUUAGAGUUUGUUGAUAAGGUAUUCGGUAGUGGGUAUUUGCAGGAUUUGAGUUGUAGUAUUUAGUGGUUUGUUACUGAUGAUGAUGAUGAUGAUAAUGAAGUGUGAUUAAAGGCACCAGAGG